CCGGGGGGGAAGCGGGAAGGCGUCGCUCCCCUCCCCCCCCCAGCCGCCAUGUUUUUGGGCCGGGUCUUUCUUGGUCUUCCCCCAUAAGGAAAUGGCCGGAGAGCUCCGGGAAACCCAGGUGCCGUUGCCUCGGCGGAACCCGGGCUGACAAGGCAGGGCAACGGGGUAAACCAGAGCAGCUCUGUGCGGGGUGGGGAGGCCAUGGCGUCCGGCAGUAACUGGCUGUCCGGGGUGAAUGUCGUGCUGGUGAUGGCCUACGGGAGCCUGGUGUUUGUGCUGCUCUUUAUUUUUGUGAAGAGGCAAAUCAUGCGCUUUGCAAUGAAAUCUCGAAGGGGACCUCAUGUCCCUGUGGGACACAAUGCCCCUAAGGAUCUGAAAGAAGAGAUUGAUAUUCGACUAUCCAGGGUUCAGGAUAUCAAGUAUGAGCCCCAGCUCCUUGCAGAUGAUGAUGCCAGACUGCUGCAGCUGGAAACCCAGGGAACUCAAAAUUGCUACAACUAUCUGUACCGGAUGAAAGCUCUGGACGCUAUCCGUGCCUCUGAGAUCCCAUUUCAUGCUGAAGGCCGGCAUCCCCGUUCCCUAAUGGGCAAGAAUUUCCGCUCCUACUUGCUAGAUCUUCGAAACACUAGUACUCCUUUCAAGGGUGUGCGCAAAGCCCUCAUUGAUACCCUGCUGGAUGGCUAUGAGACAGCCCGCUAUGGGACAGGGGUCUUUGGCCAGAGUGAGUACCUGCGCUAUCAGGAGGCCCUGACCGAGCUGGCCACUGCGGUCAAAGCACGAAGUGGGAGCUCUCAGCGACACCACCAGUCAGCAGCCAAAGACCUUACUCAGUCUCCUGAAGUCUCCCCAACAACCAUCCAGAGUUUUCAAAGGGCCACGGAACUUAAGAAGAUGGUUAACAGGUGGCAAGAUUCACAUACACACUGUCUGUGGCAGAUGACAUUGAGCCAGAGGAGAAACCCAUAUGCCAUUCUAAGGAUGCAGGACACCAUGGUGCAGGAGUUGGCAUUAGCCAACAAGCAACUACUGAUGGUGCGUCAGGCUGCUCUGCACCAGCUGUUUGAAAAGGAGCAUCAGCGGUACCAGCAGGAGCUAAAUCAACUGGGCAAAGCCUUUUAUGUGGAGAGACUAUGACGGCAUCCACAACAGUCCUCCCGUUCUUGCCUUGCCUGCUAACCUAGCCUUCUUGAGCCUCUACAGCCUUGAACUUCCUUCCCAAAACACACCUGGUUUUAGCUAUCUGCCCAGGACUUAAGGCAGUCCUUCCACUCUCACCUUUUCACUCUCAGGUCUCCCUUCUGCUGCUAAUUGAAAAACAAUCUAUAAAACAAUGGUAAAAACAAGAGUGACGCCUUGUGGUCAGUGUGAGAUAUGCAGUGUUGAGGUAAGGUGGGUGGUGAGGUGCAAAGAUGGACAAUGUGAGAGCUGAGAACCCUGAUUCAGUUUAACAAAUAAAGCUAGCUCUGAACGGUUCAAACUUAGGUCCCUUGGCUCAUUCUUUCAGCCCUAAAUCUUGAGUCUCCCUGUUUUGUUUAAAAAAUGCUUACUUCAUAGCCACCACAAUCUUAAUGUAGCUUUCUGGAUUUUGCUCACACUUCUCAAAUCUCACUUCCGCUGAACUUUUCUGUAUACUUGGACAAGUAGCUCUGAAUGUGGCUGUGAGUUCAGCUACAGGCACUGUGGUGCUUGAGUGUCUGGAGACCUAGAUUUUAGUUUUUGAGUGGGCCACUACUGUGAGAACUUGGGUAAGUCUCUCCUCUGGCCCUGAAUUCCCACUUCUGCAAAAGGACAGGGUUCCACAUUCAAAUGCCUUCCAGAGGUCAAGCAGAUCACAUAGUAAGUGUAAGGAAGUAGCAGUGAUGGGAUUUGUGGUGGCCUGGAAAGAAAAUGUCCAAUCUAAAGGUGCUCGAAAUCCUGAAAAUACUGAAAAGUUCUGAUUAACCAUAUGCAUCUACAGGCCACAGAGAACCUUACUCAAGGUCCAUUUUAUAUACAAAGAACAACCCAAGCCAGAGGACCCCAUUUCACAGCCAGUAACAGCUGCAGGGACAUGCUGUCCCUCCCUGAUACACCACCAUUAUUCAUUACUAUUUCCUGUUCUCUUCACUUUGCCGUCAGCAACCUCAGUGCUCACUCAUCUUUCCCAUGGCCCCAUGUGGCUGUCUUCAUUGCAAUCCCUCCAAGUCCAUAUCCACCCUUCAACCUCCUACUGAAUCCCCCAUUUCCAUCUCCUAGCUGUGAGAACUUCUCUUUCCUUAUCCUCCUUCACGCCCCACAGAUUCAGGAGCAAGGAGAGGCAGGAGGCUGUAAAGAGAAGAACACAGGAUUUGAAGGCGGGUUUGGGUUCAAAUUCUGACUUCACCUCUUAAUUGUUGUAUCACCAUGUGUAAGUUAUAUAAUUUUUCUCCUUUGCAAAUGAGGGUAAGAAUACCCAUCUCGCAGGAUUGUUAUGAGGAUUAAAUGAGAUAAUGGGAAUAAGCCCAAUGCUUGGUACACAGUAGGUAUUUUCCCUUUCUGUCAUGAGAUUCCCCUCUUGGCCAGCCCUCUUUUCCAGCUCAAAUGUCAUUCUCUAUCCCAUUCCCCUCCCUCUCUGUUCUGUAUAUCCAUUCAUCCUUCAGAUGCCAUCACCUUUGCUUCCCAAGUCCUCUUGUCUUUAGCCAGUAAAUGGCUCAUGAGCCC